GUACGAGCGAGCCAUAGAUCUGAAGCAGAGAAACCCCACCUUGAAAGUCCUGCUUGCAGUUGGCGGGUACAACAUGGCGUCCGAGCCUUUCACCAGCUUCGUCGGUGACCCGGCCUUGAGGGCAAAGUUCGUGGACAACUCCAUCACCUUUCUGCGCAGCCGCAAGUUCGACGGCCUUGACAUGGACUGGGAGUAUCCGGGUCAAAGAGGAAGUCCUCCGGCCGACAAGAACAACUUGUUGUUCCUCAUGCAGGAAUUAUGGCUGGCAUAUCGCGACGAGGCCCUGAGAACCGGUCAGCCACGUCUGCUGUUGACCGGGGCACUUCCGGCCGGCAAGGAAAACAUCGAUGCCGGCUACAACAUUCCUGAGCUAGUGCCGUACAUUGACUUCAUCAACGUCAUGACUUAUGACUUCCACGGCAGCUGGGAGAACCACACGGGCAUCAACAGCCCGCUGUUCGCUCACCCCACGGAUCUAGACGAGGACGCCUACCUGAACAUGCACUGGGUGAGCCAGUACUACGUGUCACUGGGAGCCCCCAGACACAAGCUCAACAUCGGUGUGGGCCUGUAUGGACGGUCAUUCCGGCUGGUGGACCCGGCGGUCAGCGGCAUCAGGGCGCCAAUCGUUGAGGGCGGGGAGGCGGGGCUGUACACGAGGGAGAGCGGCUUCUUGUCGUACUAUGAGAUCUGUGACAUGAUAAACAAAGGUGCCCAGGUGUACGACGUGCCGUCCCAGAGAAACAAAUACCUGGUGAAGGGCGACUUCUGGGUGGGGUAUGAUGACGUGCCGAGUAUCACAGAGAAAGCUUGCUACAUCAAACAACAAGGUUUUGGUGGCAUCAUGUUCUGGGCCGUUGACCUGGAUGAUUUUUCUGGCGACUCAUGUGGUCAAGGAACGUAUCCCUUGAUGCGAACCGCCCUGGCCGAGCUUGCCAACCCGUCUUUAGCCAGCUGUCCGGCAGUACCAGGAAUUUCACUGACCACAAGCCAACCAACCACUACUACUCUCCGACCAACCACUACUACUCUCCGACCAACCACUACUACCAUCCCACCAACGACGACAACCCCGCCAACCACUCCAUCAACAACCCCAAGUACCACCCCACAAGAGAGCGGAGAGUUCACCUGUGUAGGAAAACCCAACGACUCCUACGCCAACCCAGUGGCCUGUGACAGUUUCUACAUUUGUGUUGACCAGGUUACCUACCAAGCCUACUGCGCCAUGGGGCUGAUCUACAACGCCCAGAUCAAAGCCUGCGAUGACCCAGCCCACACCACCUGUCCGCUUGGACAUUAAGCCACCACAACACCAUUACAGUCACCACUACACCAUUACACCAUUAACCUUCUCCACCUCCACCAGUAAACCAUUCAUCUCUACAUUUAAUAUAAUGUUAUAUAACAAUAAACGAUUCGUCUGUAUAAUCCAAUCACCCACACACCAAUUUCUUUAUACC